AUGCGGACAUUGAUCCCUGACCACAUUUUACACGGGAUCAUUAAGCAGGUGGUUUGCGAAAAACUGAGCAAGCAGCAAAGACUCAAAGCCAGCCAGUUCCCUAAAACCCGUGAACGGCCCGUGAACAUCUCUGGUUCUAGACCCGUGGCUGAGGACACCAGGGAGCAGGAAUUUGCCUUCGUCUUCUCACCGAGCGCAUCUUCACGUUCUGGCGUCUCAAGACUUGCCUGUGUUCCAGAAGGUUGUGCCAGUCCCUAUGGAGCCGCCGGCAACCAGGAAUCCGCUUUUGGCCUCCAGGGACUUGCCCGUUCUGGACGUUUCCUGUCGGCGGAAUCUUGCAGUCUGGUGGCUGUGCCCAGAGCUCCAGGAUCGAAGAUCGAAGAUCGAGUGCGCGUUAGCAAGGCUGCUGGCGUGACCCCCGCGGCAUGGAAGGUCGGAUUGGACCGGACGGGGAGGCAGAGCCGGAAGGGACUCUGGGGCCCGCAGGUGGCAUCCCCCUGCCCCGGUGGCUCCUCCCCCUCCCAGCUCAGCGACAAGGAUGGGGUCCCCGAGACGGAGCUGGCUCGCCGCCCGCGGGCCCUGCACCCCGGCCGGGGGGCUGCCCUGGGAAGUUGGGGCCAGGCGCGCCGGGUAUGCGCCAUCACCAUGUCCCGCCUGGGCUGGUGGCUCGGUGAGGUCCAGUGGCUGCUCUUGGUGUCGCUCUUCGUCGUGGCCCUGGGCACGGUGGGCCUGUACCUGGCGCAGUGGGCGCUGGCCAGGGCGCGACCCCGGCCCCCGCGGCGGGCUGCCGAGCCUGGCGAGGGCCGGCGCCCCGAGUCGGACGCGCUGCUCGCCUGGAUCCUGACGCUGAACAGCUGGAGGAACCAGUGGCAGGCCGCCUGGGUGACCGCCCUGAAUGAUGAGGCCGAACGGAAAGGGGGCCCGCUGCUCCUGUCCUUCGAGGAGGACCCGCUGUGGCAGCCCCUGGGGCUAGAGGUGCACCGGGUCUCCAGCGUGGCCAGGUCAGCCCAGGAGAAGUGUCUGCGGGCCACCAAGGAACCAAGGAGCACCCGCUCUCAGGGUGCCCGGUGCUGGACUUUUUCCUGCAACCCCUGGAGACCCCCGGGCGCCAAACUAAUCGCCUUGGCAGAUGUCUUGCUCAUCAGCAAAUGCCCCACUGCCAUGUCCUACGCUGAAAGCCGCACCCAGCGGGCUUUGCCUCAGGGAUGCGGUGAGGAGAGCAGUCACCUGCCCGUCCGGCUGCACGGCGACGGUUAUGAAAUGAUUGGGUGGCUUGUCUUCUUCCGGCAGGAGCGGGCGGCUGAGAUGAAAGCAGUGUCUGAAACCCUCAAGGAUAUCUUGAAGCACCUGGUUGGUUCUGCCUCGCCGUCGGUGGUUCUGAGGACCAAGCCUGUGGAUGUGAGGGAAGUUCAGAACCUGCAGCACACUGCACCCAGCCCUCAGGAAUCCUGCCCUCCCAAACCUCCAAGGGCCCACGAACUCAAGCUGUCGGUGAAUAACAUCCGGGCCUCGCUGCUGCACGAUCCCGGUGCUUCAGGCUACGUGAACCCACAGUGUGUAGUUCGGCUGAAUGAUCCCGUUCAGAAGUUCAGCGCCCUCGCGAAAAACGCUACGGACCUCACCUGGGAAGAAGAAUUCACCUUCGAGUUGAAUGCCAAGUCGAAGGAGCUGUACUUGGAGAUUUCAGAGGAAGAACAAUCAUCAGGAGCUCUGUCGGCGGUGACGACCAUUCCCUUAGAUUUAUUCAAGAAGCAGCCUGCGGGGCCACAGAGCUUUACGCUGACCAGCGGCCCCUCCUUCGGCAGCUCGGUGCUGGGUUCGGUCACCGCAGAGUUCUCUUACGUAGAGCCCGGCGAAGCGAAAUCCUGGCAGACCGCUCCGCCCGCUCCUGCUGCGAAGGUGGAAAAAGACCGCAUGGUGAUGCCCUGUGGGACCGUGGUCACUACUGUCACUGCCGUGAAAACCAAGCCGCGUGUCGACACGGGGAGGGCGUCCCCGCUGAGCUCGGAGUCUCCCCUGAAGACACCUGUCAAGGUGAAGGUCGUUGAGAAGGACAUCUCUGUCCAAGCCGUCUCCUGUCACGGCGCCCCUGUCAGUAAGACGUUCUCUUCUUCGGACACAGACCGGGCGGGGCCAGACUCCGCCGCCGUCCACAUGCAUUUGACGUGGGAGAGCCAGCAGGCGCCCCUCGUCCCCUCUGGACAGACGCCGGCGGCUUUGGUCUAUGUCACGGCCACCGAAGCAUCCGCGGGCUCGCUGACAUCCUGCAGGCAGGUCGAGGCGCACCAAGUUGAGGGCUUCGGGACCCUCUUUUCGGGGGCACAUGGCACUUCUUCACCAUUUACACCCUUCCUAAUGCAGGAGAGAGGGAUUUUAAGGAAGGGCGCAAAGCUGUUCUUCCGCCGGCGACAUCAACAGAAGGACCCUGGCAUGAGCCAGUCGCACAACGACCUCGUGUUCCUGCAGCAGCCGGAGGGGGCCCGGAGGAAGGGGGCGACGCUCACCAGGAUCCUCAACAAGAAGCUCCUCUCCAGGCACAGGAGCAAGAGCGCCAUGAACGGGGCCCCGGCGGACCCCGCGGCCGGCGGCCUCCCCCACCAGGACGCGGGAAGACGCGUGCCCCCCUAA